CGUCCACCUCACUUCCUGUUCCCCAACAGGAAGUUCUACUACAUCACGCUGCUGCGGGACCCGGUGUCGCGCUACCUCAGCGAGUGGCGGCACGUCCAGCGCGGCGCCACCUGGAAGACGUCUCUGCACAUGUGCGACGGCCGCACGCCCACGCCGGAGGAGCUGCCCACCUGCUACGAGGGCUCUGAUUGGUCGGGGUGCACGCUGCAGCAGUUCAUGGACUGUCCCUACAACCUGGCCAACAACAGACAGGUGCGCAUGCUGGCCGACCUGAGUCUGGUGGGCUGCUACAACAUGUCCACGGUGCCGGAGAAGAAGCGGGCUCAGCUGCUGCUGGACUCGGCCAAGAAGAACCUGCGCGACAUGGCCUUCUUCGGCCUGACGGAGUACCAGAGGAAGACCCAGUUCCUGUUCGAGAGAACCUUCCGGCUGCGCUUCAUCCACCCCUUCAUGCAGUACAACAGCACGCGGGCCGCCGGCGUGGACCUGGACAACACCACGAUCCAGCGCAUCGAGGAGCUGAACGAGCUGGACAUGGAGCUGUAUGACUACGCCCGGGACCUCUUCCAGCAGCGCUACCAGUUCACCCGGCAGCGCGAGCGCCGCCAGCAGCGGCUGAAGACGCGCCUGCAGCCGGGGCACCGCGGCCUGGGGCUGGGGGUCGGCCUCUGGCCCUCCCGGGGCCGACCGGGGGCCCCGUUGCCGGGGCCCGACGCGGACAGGGACGGAGACGGCGACGAGGAGGGAGCUGGACGUGAGCGUGGGAGGCGGAGCAGGGGAAGGACGGAGGAGGUGGGGGGGAACCGACCCCCCACCGAGGACUACAUCAACCAGAUCAACCGCUGGUAGCGGGGGGGUGGAGGG